AUGGUGGCCUCAGGCUCCGGCGAUAAGACCAUCAAGUUGUGGGAUACCAAGACCGGCCUAGAACGCCAGACGCUCAACGGCCAUACAAGCUGGGUUGGGUCGGUGGCCUUCUCCCCGGACGGUCAAACAGUGGCCUCAGGCUCCGGCGAUAAGACCAUCAAGCUGUGGGAUGCCAAGACCGGCCUAGAGCGCCGAACGCUCGAGGGCCAUUCAGAUUCAGUUGAGUAUAUGGCCUCAAGUGAUAAGUGCAAGGGUGAUGAUUGCAUCCCAACUUCACAUACCCGUGUCCCUCAAAUAUCUCUGUUGUUCAGCUAUUAA